UCAGGCUGCCAGCGUUCGGUGCUGCUCGGGCUCUCCCUCUCCUUAAUGUUCCGGUGACGGACGCAAUUGCGCGCUGACGGAAGACACAAUUCGCCGCACUGAGCUGAAGACAAGACACAACUGUACUUUUAACGUCUCGUCCGCGUCGGUGUGCUGUCUGGCAGACUUUUUUGAAUUCACAAAACUACAAGUUUAAUACUUCCGUGUUCAAAAUGGCUGACCAAGCGCAGAAUAACAGCGAUGGAGAGGAGAGGAGCGCACCGAGAGGGUUUGCUCGACAGGGCGCUUUGAGACAGAAGAAUGUGCACGAAGUGAAGGACCAUAAGUUUAUUGCCCGUUUCUUCAAGCAGCCAACCUUCUGCAGCCACUGCACGGACUUCAUCUGGGGGUUCGGGAAGCAGGGAUUCCAGUGUCAAGUGUGUUGCUUUGUGGUGCACAAACGCUGCCAUGAAUUCGUCACCUUCUCCUGCCCAGGCGCAGAUAAGGGCCCUGCCUCAGACGACCCGCGCAGCAAACACAAGUUCAAGGUGCACACGUACUCCAGCCCCACCUUCUGUGACCACUGCGGCUCGCUGCUCUACGGCCUCAUCCAUCAGGGCAUGCGCUGUGAACACUGCUUCAUGAACAUCCAUAAACGGUGUGUGGCCAACGUGCCGAGCCUGUGCGGAACCGACCACACGGAGCGAAGAGGCCGCAUCCAGAUCACGGCAGAGAUCAAGAACAAUGUGCUCACCGUCAGCAUCAUGGAGGGGAGGAACCUGGUGCCCAUGGACCCCAACGGUCUGUCGGACCCCUACGUGAAGCUCAAGCUCAUCCCUGACCCCAAGAACGAGAGCAAACAGAAGACCAAGACCAUCAAGUGCUGCCUCAACCCCACGUGGAACGAGACCUUCAACUUCAAUCUGAAGGAUUCGGACAAGGACCGGCGUCUGUCUGUGGAGAUUUGGGAUUGGGAUCUGACCAGCCGCAAUGACUUCAUGGGAUCCCUCUCCUUUGGCAUCUCCGAGCUCCAGAAGCAAGGCGUGGAUGGCUGGUUUAAGUUGCUCAGUCAGGAGGAGGGCGAGUACUUCAACGUUCCGGUGCCACCUGAGGGGGAGGAGGGCAACGAGGAACUCCGGCAGAAGUUUGAGAGGGCCAAAGUGGGUCCCGGUACCAAGAAGACGGAUGGGACCUCCCCGAAUGCCAUCUCCAAAUUCGACAGCAAUGGCAACCGCGACCGCAUGAAGCUAUCAGAUUUCAACUUCCUCAUGGUGCUUGGCAAAGGCAGCUUUGGAAAGGUGAUGCUGGCUGAGCGCAAGGGCACGGAGGAGCUGUACGCCAUCAAGAUCCUGAAGAAAGACGUGGUGAUCCAGGACGACGACGUGGAGUGCACCAUGGUGGAGAAGAGGGUGCUGGCCCUCUCAGGGAAACCGCCCUUCCUCACCGCCCUCCACUCCUGCUUCCAGACUAUGGAUCGGCUGUACUUUGUGAUGGAGUACAUCAAUGGAGGAGACCUGAUGUACCAGAUCCAGCAGGUCGGGAAGUUCAAGGAGCCCCAUGCUGUCUUCUACGCAGCUGAGAUUGCCAUUGGCCUCUUCUUUCUCCACCUGAAGGGCAUUAUUUACAGGGAUCUGAAGCUGGACAAUGUCAUGCUGGAUGCGGAGGGCCACAUUAAGAUCGCUGACUUUGGCAUGUGCAAGGAGAACAUGUUUGACGGCGUGACCACCAAGACCUUCUGCGGCACCCCAGACUACAUUGCCCCAGAGAUCAUUGCCUACCAGCCGUACGGGAAGUCAGUGGACUGGUGGGCGUUUGGCGUGCUGCUGUACGAGAUGUUGGCAGGGCAGCCUCCGUUUGAUGGUGAGGAUGAAGAUGAGCUGUUCCAGUCCAUUAUGGAGCAGCAUGUGUCCUACCCCAAGUCCAUGUCCAAGGAGGCCGUGGCCAUCUGCAAAGGGCUGAUGACUAAGCACCCGGGCAAGCGUCUGGGCUGCGGUCCCGAGGGGGAGCGGGACAUCCGCGAGCACGCCUUCUUCCGCUACAUGGACUGGGAGAAACUGGAGAACAAAGAGGUGCAGCCGCCAUUCAAACCCAAAGCCUGUGGCCGGGACGCGGAGAACUUUGACCGCUUUUUCACGCGCCACCCCCCGGUCCUCACCCCGCCCGACCAGGAGGUCAUCAUGAACCUCGACCAGGACGAGUUCGAGGGCUUCUCCUUCAUAAACCCCGAGUACCCCUGCGUGGCCGAGGCCGAGAGUUAGAGGCCAGCCCGACCUUCCUCCUCCUCAUCAUCACCAUCAUCAUCAUCAUCCUCAUCGACCUCAUCAUCCACAUCCUUCAUCGCCGCUGCCUACCACCCACAACAUCGCCCGCCCGCCCGUCACCCACCCCUGGCCUGCACUACACACACAGUGAAUUUUCCCACUGUUUCACUUCAACACUUAGAGUAAGGACCAACACGACGAGUGUUGAAUGACGCUCUAUAAGUGUUGAAUUUGAACAUGGCAAAGUUUACGAUGCAGGCGCACGUUUUGCAUUCCUUUCCGCUGCAACAGUGGAACCUUCAAGUGUUUAUAUACUUACAGCAAGAUGCUUAUUGAAGCAUAUAAACAAAACCACCAUUGACCGCUUCAUAAUAGGAAAAGGAAAAAAAAAAACGAAAGAUGCCCCUUCAUGAUGAUGUCGUAGAUGAUGUAGUAUAUAUCUGUGUAUGCUCGUUACUAUUCCAGAUCUUGGUAGUAAUGUAUCAAACAAACCCUCUCUUGACGAUUGUAUUGAUUGCACAUUUAUGAAUUGCUCCCCCCCCCCCCCCCUCCCCCUCCUCUCCCUUCUGAAAUGACGCCUAUAGCACACUUACAGUUCAUCUCAUGACGUCUUAGUUGACCAGAGAGCCAUUCUGGACAGAUGCUUGAGUCCAGUGCUUUAGCCAGACCAUGCUCAUCACCCAGUUUAACCACAGGACAAAACCAUUCUAUUUAUACUCUUCCAUGCACUGUUAUCUAGCCUAUUUGUAGUGCUGUGUUUGUUUUGUUAUUUUGUUAUGUUUUUAUUUUCCUGUGAUUUUUUUUCUUAUUCAUUCCUGUUUUAGACGCAAAUCGGUCAUAGCAAUUCUUCCUUUAUUUAUUUCUUUUCUUUUUCAUUUUGCAUGGUUCCCCCCCAUUUUAAAUAUCCAAAUAGUGAAUUAGCUUAGGUGCUGUAGUUACUAUAGGCUGAAAGGGUAUUCCCGUUUCUCAUCAUAUCCUUAAAUACGUAUGUGGCAGGUUAUAAGAAAUACGUAGUUAGCUGUUUAUAUUUUCCUUUUUUUAAAAUAAGCAUGAGACAAGAUGAUGUUUACAGGAUGCAUCUAUCCAGCUUUAUGUGUAUGGUGUGUAGGUAUGCCUGUGUGUGUGUGCGCGCGCGCGAGUGUGCGUUUAAUGUGUUUGUGGAUGGGUGUGUAUGCUGUCUCACUCACACUUACACACAAAGUGGUUGUGUGGGUAUGCCUCUUGUGGUGAUAUGCUUCCCUUUUCUUCUGCGUAGCGACACCAUCAGCCAAUGUUGCCCCUAAUACCCCUCCCCUCCCCAGCUAAACGCAAACUUCCUAAUAAUUACCACCCCUUUCUAAAACCUUCCAAGCUCUGCAUAGCCUUUUCGCACCUCCAUUACUCUACAAUACAAACACCUGUGCGUGGGUUUUUUUUUUUUAGAGGUGCAUGACAAAAAAACAUAUUCAACAUCAGCUACCUCCUCUUCUAGAGCACAGUGUGCGAAACCACAUGGGACAGAUUUAAUAGCAAGGCAACAAUGACAAUCAGAGGAAGUAGACGUUCAAGCAGCAGCUAUCAGUUUUAUGAUGAAAGGUCAAACUGCAAAGUCUGAUGGCAACAAAGCUGCCACUUAACUUCUCCUACCACCACCCCAAUCCCCAUUUACUAUCACGUGCUCCCCCUGCAUGUCCCUGCAAAAUCAGGAGUGCGGCAGCUGUUUACACCCUUGAAAAUGGUUUCUGCGUUUCCCCCCCAUUAGUUAGUAUUCUAGCUCUGUUUGUGAGGGCCUCGUCAGGCAGAUAAGCCUUUAUCUGUGUUCGCCAUGCCGAGGCUUCCUGCGGCACACCGGGGCUCUCGCUCACUCGCUUGUUGACCCAUUCUCUCUCUCUCUCUCUCUCUCUCUCUCUCUCUCUCUCUCUCUCUCUCUCUCUCUCUCUCUCUCUCUCUCUCUCUCUCUCUUGUGCGCUUGUAAAGCUCGGCAGCUGUUGGCAUUGCUCAGGAAAUGCUGCAGGUCAAAGUAGAGCUACGUAUGUACGGUAGAGAACAAGAGGGGUCCCCUUAGGAUGUAGUAAAUGCCAUUGGUCAUUUCAAUGUUACACAUCUCUGUGCCAUCUGUGACCAGCUCAUCUGAUGGUGUGACUUAACGUUUUCCGACAAAGAAAUAUUUGUGCCCUAUGCUAGUUGUGUGCGACGUGGGAGGGUUAACGUGUAGUUUGUUGGAAGCUUAGCUAGUUUGUGGUGUGUGUGUGGGCAUUCACUUGUGCUGAUGACCACCAAAAUCGCUCUCAAGACUAGCAACACAAGGCUGAAAAUGUGUGCGUCAAGCUCAUUAUCAUUUGUUUUGUGCGUGCCCAACUACCAUACACUGUGGUGGUCAGCAGAGUAUAUAUUAAAGAUACAGGUGGCCCAGUCGCUAUAGCUAAGCCUAUGCUACCAAUAACGGGUACCACCGAUGACUACUACACCAGAGAUAACUGGAAUGAAAACCCUGCCCCCACCCCCAUGAACAGUAGUGCGGCAUUCGGUCUUUACUUCAAGACCCUUAGUCUCCAGAGAAAUGCUGCAAAGUGCUCCAGUGUGACACUUCAUUCCCCCCUCCCCGCUAUGAUGCAUUGAUCAUGGCACCACUGUCAUUUCUGGGAAAGUACAGUAAGCAGCACGGAGAGAACUCACCGUUGAGCUCUAAAGCUUUAUGUCCUGACUGGUGGCCAAUAGGAUUUUUUUUUUUGUCUCGAUAUUUGUCAUUGGUGCUUCAUAUCUUGGGGUUUGUAAUGGAUGUUCAGGGAAAUGUGUUGAGUCUCACAAGAAAUGGCUUGUCACAAAAUAGAUCUUCAACGGUCUUUAUUGCAAGUUCGUGAAAGGGAAAAAGGUUAUUGUCUGGAUAUUUUAAAACUAAUUAAGAAAGGGUUACGACGAUGGUAACUCUGGUUGGUUUCUUUGAGUAACAAGCAUCCUUCAUCUCUGCCAAAAAAAAGCAUUGUGUAGUUUAUACUAGGGCUUUGAUAUUUUUUUGUAAAUGUCUGAAAAACAGCAAAAUAUAAAUUGUGUCAAAUGUUGGUAAAUUUCGUGUAUUCAUUGUGGUCAGUAUUGAAAAAAAACAUGUUAAUAGAUGGUAUGUGUUUUCUAUACCAGUUAUGCAUUCUGAGAUGCACGUAGACAAAUGUAAAAGCUCUGUGCAUGAAUUACUACCUUACACCUGAGACUCCAUCAAUUCAGUAUGUUUCACUUCUAAGUGCUGCGAUGACUUCUUCAAGCUAAUACUGUGUGCUUGUAUUAUAUAUCUCAAAAUGCUUUUCAUGUGCCAAAGUAUUUUCCAGAAAAAUAUACAUACAUGAAAAUAAAAACUAAACACCAAA